GUCACAUUGUAUGUUUUUCACCAGUUUUGACGUCAGCCACGUUGGAAGUGCCAACUCGGUGUUUUUAUGUGAAAUAGUGGCUCUAAGAUGAAGUUGAAAGAGUUGAAGAAAGCAGUGAACAUUAGCUGGUCGCCAGCGGAACACUAUCCCAUAUUGUUGGCGGCCGGCUCAGCGGCACAGCAGGUUGAUGUUUCUUUUAGUUCCAAUUCUUGUUUGGAGCUGUACUCCUUGAAUCUGGACGAUCCUGGACUUGAUUUGGAACUGAAGUCCAGUUUACAGACACAAAACAAAUUCCAGAAGAUUGUAUGGUCCGGUGCAGGGGUCAUAGUGGGGGGUUGUGAUGGUGGUUUGCUCGAGUUCUACAAUGCGGAGAAACUACUUAAAAAUAGCAGUGAUGCCUUACUCGGCAGUAUCACAAAACACAAUGGCAAUGUAUCAGCACUGGAUAUCAAUCCAUACCAGAAGAACCUGCUCGCAUCUGGAGCGUCUGAGAGUGAGAUCUUUGUGUGGGACCUAAACCACAUCAGUCAGCCAAUGCCGCCGGGCAACAGAAGCCAGCCGUAUGAUCAUGUGCAGGGGCUCGCAUGGAAUCAACAGGUUCAACACAUUCUUGGUUCGACAUUCACAACACGAUGCGUCGUAUGGGACUUACGGAAGAAUGAACCAAUCAUGAAAUUGAGUGACACCCAGUCCCGAAGCCGCUGGCGCACGUUGGCGUGGCACCCGUCCGUCGCCACGCAGCUCUGCAUCGCCUCCGAGGACGACCACGCGCCCGUCAUACAGCUCUGGGACUUGAGGCUGGCGGCGUCCCCGCUGGCGACGCUGGAGGGGCACCACAAGGGCGUGCUGGCGCUGUCCUGGUGCCGCCAGGACCCCGCGCUGCUGCUGUCCGCCGCCAAGGACGGCCGCCUGCUGCUCUGGGACCCCAACGACACGCAAGCCGGCGGCGCGCAGCCGACGGAGGUGUGGCAGCAGCAGCAGUGGGCGCUGGAGGCGGCCUGGAGCCCGCGCUCGCCCGCACUGCUGGCCGCCGGCGGCGCUGACCUCACCGUGCUGGAGCUGCUGGGCGGACGGGCACCCGCCACGAGUAGCGCGGCACAGAGCAGCAUCCUAGAGUCAUUCGGCGGCGCGCAGUUGGGCUCGCUGCCGGCGCUGGCCGCCGCGCCCCCCGCCCGCGCCGCGCUGCCCCCGCGCGCGCCCGCCUGGCUGCGGCGGCCGGUCGCGGCGCGCUUCGCGGUGAGUACCCCCGCCCCCCGCCCCCCGCCGCGCCCCCCGCCCGCGCCGCGCUGCCCCCGCGCGCGCCCGCCUGGCUGCGGCGGCCGGUCGCGGCGCGCUUCGCGGCGGCGGCGCGCGCGCGUGCGUGCGGUGCGCGUGCUGCGUCGCGGCGUGCGCGCGCGCCCGCUGCGCCGCGCGCGCCGCGCCAUGCUCGACGCGCUGCUGGCCGCCGACACCGCGCACCACGCGCUCGCUGAGAGAGCACUCUAUCUAAAUAUUUACAUACUCACCGCGCUGCUGGCCGCCGACACCGCGCACCACGCGCUCGCUGAGUACUGCCGUCAGCAGGGUGACGCGGCGACGGACCAGCACGAGCGCUACACGUGGUUCUUCCUGCGCGCCAACUUCCUUCCCACCUUCCGCACUGAAGCACUCAAUUUGUUAGGUUACAGACAAGAUGAGAUACCUUCAAAGUUCAAGAGCGCAGAGCCUGACUCCACGCAGGACCUCGACUCCAGUCAGGAUAAUGAGACACUUCUGGAGAGGAAACUUUCGAACGUGGAUCUGGAUGACGAACCCACUGUUGAGAAUGUUGUUAUACCAAAUGGUGAAGAUUCUACUAGUUUAAUUUGUCGUGCUCUCAUCUGCGGUAAUUUGGAGGAAGCAGCGGAAUUGUGUCUGGAAGCUGACAGAAUGGCCGAUGCUCUCAUAAUCGCUUCUUUGGGCAGCCCGCGGCUGGUGGCGGCGGUGCAGGCGGCGUACGUGCGGCGCGGCGCGCGGUGCGCGGUGUCGGCGGUGGCGGGCGGCGUGCUGCGCGGGCGCUGGGCGCGGCUGGUGCGCGGCGCCGCGCCCGCCUGCUGGCGCGCCACCCUCGCCGCGCUGCUCACGCACUGCGACCCAGACGACCUCGCUACUUACGCAGAAAUGUUAGGUGACAAGUUGUCGGCGGAGCAGGACCCGGCGCUGGCGGAGGCUGCGACGGUGUGCUACCUGUGCGGAAUGAGUGCGGACGCGCUAGCUGCUCGCUGGGCGCGAGCUGGCGCUGCCGGUGCGGACAAUCUGCCGGAGUUGGCGCGGCUCGUGCAGCGGGCCGCCGCCGUCAGGGGCCGCCCCGUGCAGGAGGGCGGCAAGCUGGAGUCGGUGCUGAACGAGUACGCGCUGCGGCUCGCCAGCCAGGGGCAGCUGGAGGCCGCGCUGCGGGCGCUGGCCGGCGCGCGCGCGGCGCCGCUGCGGGGGCGCCUGCGGACCGCGCUCGGGCUCGCGCAGGUACUGCCCACAGAUACCAGAUACCAGAUACCAGAUACCAGAUACCAGAUACCAGGGGCAGCUGGCCGCUGCGGGGGCGCCUGCGGACCGCGCUCGGGCUCGCGCAGGUACUGCCCACAGAUACCAGAUACCAGAUACCAGAUACCAGAUACCAGAUACCAGGGGCAGCUGGAGGCCGCGCUGCGGGCGCUGGCCGGCGCGCGCGCGGCGCCGCUGCGGGGGCGCCUGCGGACCGCGCUCGGGCUCGCGCAGUUGGGGGUGGGGGCGGGUGCGGGGGCGCGGGGGCUGCACAAGCGCGGCUCGCUGCCGCACCGUGACGUCACGCACGCGUACUCGCACGCACAAGGGUACGAGCCGCAGCCGUGGCAGCAGGCGUCCGUGGCCGCCUACUCUCCACACAGCGCGCCGCCGCCGCAGCCGCAGCCGCUACACUCGCAGUACCAACCGACUCAGCCGCCGCGUCCGGGCAGCGUGGGCCCGCAGUCCGGUGGCAUAACAUCUCGGUCGAAAUACAAAGUGGACCCAUCGGUACAGUCGGCGCCGCUGUACAACCAGUACAGCUUCAACAACCCCGCGCAGUCCUCGUUCGGCAACUACAACACUCCCCUGCCCGACCAGUACAGCUCCGCUAGCGUGCCAUCCAGUUUUGCACCUGUAAAUCCUGCCAACUCCAUAAAUCCACCCAAUAUUACAAACCCCUCAAACCCGAUGACUCCAUUAAACCCGGUUAACCCAUUAAACCCGGUUAACCCAUUAAACCCGGUUAACCCAUUAAACCCGGUUAACUCAUUAAACCCGGUUAACCCAUUGAACCCGGUUAACCCAUUAAACCCGGUUAACCCAUAUAAUCAGGUUAACCAAUUAAAUCCAGCGAAUCCAAUUAACCAGGUUAAUCCAGCUAUAAACGGCGGGUAUUACAACAACCAGGAACAAGCAGUGCAAAAACCCGUAGCGCCUGGAUGGAACGACCCACCGAUGUUGUCGGCUAAACCUAAGCCAAAGCCAGAGGUAUCAGCGCCCCAAGCGCCAAUAACGCACCCGAUAUUCGGCGUGGAGCAGCCACAGCACGUGCCGCUGGCCGGGCCUGCUCAGUCGCAGCACCAGCACCAGCAGCAUCAACAGUACGGACAGUACCCCGAGCAGCAGUACGCGCAGUAUCCCGACCAGUACGCGCGCCAACCAGAACAAUACGUGAAUCCGCCGCCCGGGUUCUCUCAACCGGCGGAGCCCCCCGCGGCGGGCGUGAAGCCCCCGCUGUCGGGGUGGCAGGCGCGGCUGCAGGCCGGGCUCGACGCACUGCGGGCCGACUGCGCCGCCGCCGCGCCCACACCGCAAGUGAAGAGAAAGUUAGAAGAUGUACAAAGGCGAUUAGAAACCUUAUACGACAUGUUACGUGAAAAUAGGCUGUCUGCGAGCGCGCUGGGCUCGCUGCAGCAGUGCGCGGAGGAGGCGGCCGCGCAGCAGUACGGCGCCGCGCUGCAGCAGGCCGCGGCGCUGGCCACCGGGCCCGACUUCGCGGCCGUGGCCUCGUUCCUGCCCGGGCUCAAGGCGCUGCUGCAGCUCGCCGCGCACCGCCACGCCCGCGCCCCCUCGCCGCGCACCGCCACGCCCGCGCCCCGCCCAGCUGAGUGCGCCCCGCGCCCCGCGCCCCGCGCCCCGCGCCCCGCGCUGCAGCAGGCCGCGGCGCUGGCCACCGGGCCCGACUUCGCGGCCGUGGCCUCGUUCCUGCCCGGGCUCAAGGCGCUGCUGCAGCUCGCCGCGCACCGCCACGCCCGCGCCCCGCCCAGCUGA